AUGGCGUCCCCUGUCCUGGAAAAGCAACGAGGCCCCCGGGGCUCGAUGUGGGCCGACCGAACCCCAGAGGACCCCCUGGGCGCCCGCCGGAGGAGGGGAGAGGGUGAUGGCGGGCGGGGUUCCCCGGCUCCGAUCACCUGGCCGCGGCAUUUGGCAGGGCCGGGCCCCCGCCAGCCGGGAGCAGGGCUGGGGUCGCCCCAGCUCCGGGGGGCCCGGCCCCCUACACCGCGGACAGCAGCCACAAACUCACCUGCCUUCGCAACCGCGCCACCGCAGCCUGUCAGUCAAACAGGCUGA